GGAGAUGCUUUAACCCUUCUGGUGCUCCAGGGAUUGAAUUGCCCUCCAAAACCUGGAGAUUUAGCAGAAGAGCUGCUUGUAGAAAUACCUCCAGUCAGACAAUGGCCCUGGUUAAAGAUCACUUGUAGGCAAAAACAAAGCUUUCCCAGGGCUUGGUGAUGGUUCCCUGGACUGAGUUCCCCUUCUCAAUCAGCAGCAGGUUCCUCUCAUCCCUUCAGGGGAAUGGCUGGGGACAGGUCAAUGUUUAACCCAGCUGGGAAGGACGUGUGGAGCCAGCAGGGAGUUGCCCAGGCUCUGCAGUCACUCACAGAGAUCCCUCCAUGUUCAGGGAGGACGGUGCAUGAAGGAGUUUUCCUCCCCUUUCAAAGCCCCCACUCUGCAAAAUGGGCCUGAGCUCUUCCAAGGCGCACCCCAAGGUGACCAAGGUGGCACCGAUGCGCCCCACAGAGGACCUGCCUUCUCUCUCUGCCCUGCACCAGCUCUCCAGUGUGCCAGGACAGCCCAGCCUGCACCCAUCAGACAUGGAAAAGUGGGGAAAACCCAUCUUCCACCUGGAACUUCCACCUCUCCGGGAGACCUGGUACGGGAGAGCCUCUUCAGGGCCCCUCUCUUUCAACACUGCACCCGAAAAAGAAGGAGCCAGCAUCAUUAAGCAGCACCCGCCUCGAAGACCUCAAAGGCUUGAACCUGCCGUCCCUCCACAAACAAUCUCUCCUGUGAAGCCAUGGAGUCAGCGAGGAGUGGCUGCAAACCCAAAAUCAAAGGUGCUGGAGAAGAGGGGGCAAAGCCUGAAUCACCUCCCUGGCAGGCGACAGCACUUACACAAGCUUCAGAUGCUGGACUUGACCCGCAGGCGACGAGAGGAGGAGCUGAAGCGAAACCUCCACAGGGAAGCAAAAGCCAGUAAACAAAAAAUCAAGGAAUUCAGCCCCAUGGACAUCCUUGACACCCUCCAGAGAAGCAACACCAAUGAAAGUCGAGGCCCCAUCCCUGCAGAGCACAAUCAGCAUUUUCAUGAAGACGACCAUGGAAACACGUGGGGUGGAGGACCCUCCAGACGACAGGAUGGAGCUGAGCUGUCUCCAGGCAGGAGAGGGAAGGUCGACCUGUGGUUCUGCAGGGAGCCACGGACGAGGGAUCUGUUCUGGGACACCUCCAGCACGGGGUCUGAGGAGUGGGAAAGGGAAGAGAAGAUUCACCGCAAACCUGCACUCGUGAGGACCAAGACGGAGAGAGUUUCCCUCUUUGAUGACUUCUUUGACAGGGAUUUCUAGGGGCACAGCUUGGGGUGAGAGGGAUGCGGUGAAGAAACAAGUCCCAGCUCUGGUGGGACUGGAAUCCUCCCCCCUGGAUGGGUGGACUGAGGGUGGAGACAGUGCUGGCUGCAAGUGGCAUUUCUGGGAGCACGGGCCAGGGGAAAGGACAGCUGGAAACGAGGAGAUCACUGAUGUGGAGCAAAUAAUGACUGAAAAUGCUUGGACAGAGCAGCAAUGAACUGGGGGCAGAGAGAGGAGGAUGGAAAAAAACAAAUAAAACCAAACAAAACCCAAACAAAACCAAACAAACAAAAAACCAAAAAAACCCAAACCCACAAAAAAACCACCAAAAACCCCAAAACAAAAAAACCUCACAAAAAUCAAAACCGAAACCAAACCAAACAAACAAAAACAAAACACAAAAAACCAAGCAGAACUUGGAGAAAAUUCUGGGUUAGCCCUAAAUAUUAAAUUCCAACUGAAAUUAAAUGUUUCACUUGCUUUUGGGUAACUCAGUCUUUAUGUUUAAGUUGGUUUUAACCUUUUCUAAACCACAAAACCCAGUUCAAAAAGCAAGCUAAAAUGAUUUACUCAGGAAGUCUUUAAAAUAAAUAUUUUGGCAUUUCUAAAAUUCCUUUUUUAACUUCUUCUUUUUUUUUUUCCCUCACCUCUCCUGUACCAGACACGGAAAUACUUGUACUUUCUUCAGUAUCAACCUCCAGUUUUGUAAUAUUCUGAAAAAAAUCUGGUUUUGGUUCACUUCUGUUCUAUCGAAGAUGUUCUUGCACUUUCCAUCUCACAUAAACAGUAUUUUUAAAUUAAAUGGUCUGCUUUUCCUUAUAAAAUAAUUUGUUAGCUGAGAGAGAACUUCCCCAGUUCUCCUGUCUCCUAUCUGGUUGUCC